CCAUCCCUCCCUUUAAGCCCCGUCCGCUCUGCCCUGAAGAGUGGGGAUGUCGGGGGUCUUGGGGGUCCAGGGGUCCCCCCUGUCCUUCCUCCUCCUCUUCCUCUUCCUCCUCUUCCUCGUCCCUGGACCCACCGCCCACCAAGACCCGCCUCUCCUGCACUACUACGCUGACAACGUCCUUGACCUUCUGGAGGCGCUGAACAUCACCCGCUCGGUGCUGGGGGUCACCAAGGCCAAGGGCCCCGAUCCAGGUGUGCCGGCCUGGAAGUUCCGCCCCCGGGUUCCUCACCUGACGUUGCCCUGGGAUUACUCGGUCUACUUGCUCUCCACGGUGCAAGGGGCCUUGGGCUUCCACUUUGUGGCCCGACAGAGCCGGGGCUCCGAGGGGACCCUCAUCUCCCUGGUCUCACCGGCCGCCCUCAAGCGAGAUGGACACCCACUCUUGCAGUUGGUCUCCAACACCCGUGCUGACCACCUGCGGCUGGACUACCGCGCCGUCCACAACAUGGAGCCUGCCCGGCUGGUUUUCCCUACGGGCAACCCCUUUGCCCACAGCCGCUGGGUCCGGCUGGCCCUCAACCUGGAGCCGCUGCGCAUCACGCUCUUUGUGGAUUGCCAGGAGCCCUUCGUCUUCGGGAAAAGCAGCGGGGAGGAGGUGCUGAGCCUGAUCCUACCCCUGGAUCUCCAGAUCACCUUCGCCAGCAUCUUGGGGGACAAGACCAGCAAGUUCCUGGGCUACUGGCAGACAGCGGAGAUUUCGCCCAGCGGCUUCCCACAUCGUCCAUGGCACUGUGACAACCUCCCAGAGCCAGAACCGCUGCCUCUGCCCUACGCCUUCCCUGCGGAGCGGUAUGCAGACCCGCCUGGAGAGCAUCUCCUGGAGCUGGACUCUCCUCCGCUGCACUUUGAGCCGCUGGCCCUGACCGAUAUCCGCCACUAUCAACGCGAAGCCAGCGAGUCGGACUUCCCGCCCUUUGGGUCAGCCCUACGGCCCGAUCCGGCCGGCCCGGAAGAGCGUAUCCGGAGGCUGGAGGAGCUGGUGGACGGGCUGGGGACCAUGCUGGACAUGGUCAAGGAGCAGAAUUCGGACCUGCUGGUCCGCGUGAAGUCCCUGGAAGAGUGCGAGUGUCGGCCCUUGUCAUGCAUGUGGGAAGGACGCCGCUACGAAGACGGGGCUUCCUGGGAGAAGGAUGCGUGUGCCACUUGCGCCUGCAUCCGGGGCAAGACGGAGUGCUCCUUGCGCCACGACAGGCCACAUUGCUUGGGUUGCGUGGAUGGGAGAAAGGAAGGGGAGAGCUGGAAGAUGGAGCCGUGCCAGACUUGCUGGUGUAAGGCUGGUACGGUUCAAUGCCAGGCCACCAAAUGCCCUGAGCUUUCAUGUCGGGAGCGCUACACGCCACCAGGGGAAUGCUGUCCCGUUUGCCGUCCAGGUUGUGAGUACGAAGGACAGAGGUAUCAAGAAGGGGAUGUCUUUGUGGCCAAAUCGAACCCGUGCAUGAAUUGCUCCUGCCUGAGGAGCCUGGUCCGAUGCCACCCCAUCCAGUGCCCCCCGAUCCGAUGCUCCAAGGCUGUCCCGCAACCGGGACACUGCUGUCCUGUCUGUCCAGUUUCUCCAGUCUGUGAGCUGGAUGGACGUCCCUUAGAGCCGGGGCUGGAGGUCACUUCCGCCGACGGAUGCCAACGCUGUUCCUGCUCUGAAGGGGAGCUGGUGUGUGUUCCAGCGCAGGCGUGCCCCAAGACUUGCAGCCACGGCCUGCCACCCACCGGCGCUUCCUGCUGCCUGGACUGCUCCCGCUGCCUUUUCCGUGGGCAGGUCAUCCCCAGUGGAGGAGAGGUCCCCAGCAACAGCCUUUGCCAACGCUGCCUCUGCAAGGAUGGGAACGUUCUCUGCUCUCCAGUUACUUGCCCAAAGCUGGACUGCGCCAUCACAGAGGAAGUUCCCGGACACUGUUGCCACCGAUGCCAGGGGUGCAUGGAUGGGGCUUCUUGGUACGAACACAAUGAGGAGUGGACCCCCGCUACGGAUCCGUGCCUUAAAUGCAGGUGCCAGGAAGGCAAUGCUGUCUGCAAAAGAAGGCACUGCGCCAUCCUUUGCCGCUCUCCUGCCCGCCCUCGGCCAGGCACCUGCUGCCCAGUUUGUGAUGGUUGCUUGUGGGAAGAGCGGGAGUACCGCCGUGGGGAGACGGUGCCCAGCGAGGACCCCUGCAAGAGGUGCACCUGUUUGGCGGGAGAAGUCACGUGUGAGAACCUGUUUGCAACCUGCCCGCCUUUGUCGUGCUCCCAUCCGGCCAAACUCCCAGGCCAGUGUUGCCCGACCUGCGAAGUGUGUGAUUUUGAAGGCCGCCUGUACCCCAAUGGAGAGACCUUCACUCCUGCGGGAGAAAGCCCCUGCCUGCGCUGCACAUGCACAGAAGGGAGCGUCCGGUGCCAGGAAGAGGCCUGUCCUCCGCUGCUGUGCUCCCAUCCCGUUCGAGAGCCAGGGCAAUGCUGCCCUUCCUGCAAAGUCUGCAUUCUGGACAGCAUUGAGUUCGAAGACGGCACCGAAUGGGAACCUGAAGGAGAGCCUUGCAGGACCUGUGUCUGCCACCAGGGGGAGCCAGUCUGCAGUGCCAUCCAGUGCCCACCAGUUCCGUGCCAGCAUCCAGCCCAAUUGCAAGGCGCCUGCUGCCCAGACUGCCAGCGAUGCUCCUACAACCAGCGGCUUUACAGCAACGGGCAGGAAUUUCUCGACCCCGAUAACCUUUGCCAGAGCUGCCGGUGUGCGGACGGGACAGUGAGCUGCAUCCCGAUCGUUUGCCCCCCAGUCACUUGCCCUCAACCACAGAAGAAGCCUGGAUCUUGUUGUUCCACGUGCCCUGACUGUGCUUAUGACAACCGGGUUAUAGCAGACGGAGCAGAGAUCCCCAGCCCUUUGAACCCUUGCCAGGCUUGCGUCUGCACCAGAGGCGAAAUGCUCUGCAUGGAACGGCAGUGUCCAGGGGCUUUGUGCGCCCACCCUUUACCGGGCUCUUGCUGCCAGAACAACUGCAAUGGUUGCAACUACGCCGGGAAGGAGUACCCCAAUGGAGCUGAAUUCCCACACCCCACAGACAAGUGUCGGAGGUGCCAUUGCAUUAAUGGCAAUGUUCAAUGCCUCACUCGCCGAUGCCUUCCGCUGCCCUGUGCAGAGCCCUUCUCUGUGCCGGGAGAGUGCUGCCCCCGGUGUCCAGCCCCACCAGCCACCUGUCUCUACCUGGGCCUCUCCUAUCAGCACAUGGAGCGUUUCUACGAUCCGUCGGAGAAAUGCCGGGAUUGCAUCUGCACCAAUGGGACCAUCACCUGCCAACGCCAGCCCUGCGCGCCAGUCCAGUGCUCCCACCCCCUGCGGCACGAUUGCUGCCUCUCCUGCGAUGGUUGCCUUUACCAGGGCAAGGAGCUCCCCAACGGAGAGCAGUUUGCAGACCCCAAAGACCCCUGCGGCACCUGUUCCUGCUGGGAAGGCAGCAUCACCUGCAAGGCCACCCCCUGCCCGCCCGCCGAGUGCCCCUUCCCCACCUCAGGGCCUUGCUGCAAGCUUUGCGAAGGUUGCGAAUACCUUUCGGAGCCUUACCUGAAUGGCCAGGAAUUCCCAGACCCCCAAGACACCUGUGGAAUCUGCACCUGCCUUGAUGGGUUUGUCACCUGCGCCAAGAAGCCCUGCUACCAAGCAGGUUGCAGCCACCCUCUCCGAAUGCCUGGCCAGUGCUGCCCUGUCUGCCAAGGUUGCUCCUACAAUGGCCUCACUGUUGCCAAUGGGCAGACCUUUGCUGACCCUGGAGACCCUCUCUGCUCCCAAUGUACUUGUCGGGCUGGCUCCGUUCAGUGCCUCAGGAAGCUCUGCCCUCCAGCCCCCUGUGCCCACCCUGUGCAGGGUCCAUGCGCCUGUCCUCUCUGCCAAGGGUGCAGUUUCCAGGGGAACAAAUAUGGAGACGGAGAGACCUUUGCUUCCCCCAGCAAACCCUGCGAGGAUUGCCGUUGCCUGAGAGGAGAGGUCUCCUGUGCCCCCCAUCUUUGCCCAACACCUCUCUGCCCUCACCCUUCGAAAGACCCCUGCGGAUGCCCCAACUGUGAUGCCUGCAGCUUCCAUGGGAGAGAUUGUGACAACGGUGAGCUCUUUCCAGACCCCCGGGACCCCUGCGGCCAGUGCAAGUGUUCGGGUGGCACCGUGACCUGUGUUCCUGCUCCAUGCCCACCUGUAUCCUGUCAGAACCCCAUCGCUCUGCCAGGGCAAUGCUGCCCAAAAUGCACAGGUGCCUGCCGCUACCAUGGGAAGCUCUACAAGAGCGGAGAGACCUUCGUUUCGCUGGAGGAGGCCUGCCUCACCUGUACCUGCCAGGCUGAAGUGGUGACCUGCCAGCCCAAGCCUUGCCCCCAAAAGUGCACUCAUCCUGAGGCCCCAAAGGCACCCUCAUGCUGCCCGUCUUGUGAUGGCUGCCUCUAUAAGGACCACAGCUAUGCCAAUGCGCAGACCUUCACCCCUGCUUCCGACCCCUGCAAGCGCUGCAGCUGCCUCCGCGGCAAUGUGCUCUGUGCUCCGGUGCUGUGUCCUCAGGUGCCGUGUGCCAAUCCCAGGCAUGAACCUGGCCAGUGCUGCCCCCGAUGCCCAGCCGUUUGCCAACACGCAGGCCGGGAGUAUGGAGAAGGCAAGCAGUGGAUCUCCUCCUUGGACCCUUGCCAGAGGUGCUCCUGUACGGCCGGGGAGACCUCCUGCGAAUUGGUGCCUUGCAAAGAGACGCUCUGCUCGCACCCGGUUCCUGACCCUGGCCAGUGCUGCCCUCGCUGCCAUGACUGCCUCUUUGAAGGAGAGCGCUAUGCAAACGGGGAGGCCUUUAAGCCCGAGUCCUGCCUCCAGUGCACCUGCCAGGAUGGAAACGUCCGCUGUGAGAUGAUCCAGUGCCCCCCGACAUCCUGCUCCCACCCCGUGACGGAGCCUGGGGUCUGUUGCCCACGCUGCAAAGGCUGCACCUAUGAGGGUCGAGAGCGUCUCGACGGGUCCAGCUGGCUCUCCUCAGCAGUGCCCUGCAUGGCCUGCAUGUGUGUCGAUGGUGUGGCCACCUGCGCUGAGAUCGCCUGCAUCCACUCUUGCACCAACCAGAUCAAAGUUCCUGGGGAGUGCUGCCCUCUAUGUGCAGAUUGUAUUUACGAGGGCCUUGUAUAUGGACCAGGUGAGAGUUUCCAGCCAGGAAAGGAUCCCUGUGAAAUCUGCACCUGUGAGGUGAUGUCUGAUGGGGAACAGCACCUGCAAUGCUACCGGAAGCAGUGUCCCAGCCUGUUGGACUGUCCGCGGGAGCAGAUUCAGGCGCCGGGACCAGGGCACUGCUGCCCCACUUGCGCCCAAGCCCUGAGCAACUGCACUCCCAGCCUGGUGGGCAACGAGGUCCUGGCUACAGACGAGCCCUGCUACAGCUGCCAAUGCAAGGACCUGACUUGGGUUUGCAUGCACCAAAGCUGCCCGCUGCUGAGCUGCCCGGCUGCCGAGCGCUUCGUCCCUCGCGACGCCUGCUGCCCAGUUUGCGAUGAGUGUGUGAUCGAAGUUGAAGGGCGGCGCGUCUCCAGCGGAGAGACCUGGACGGACAGCACAGACAGCUGCGUUUCCUGCACGUGCAACCUGGGUCACAUCGAGUGCCAUAUCCAGGAAUGCAUGCCCUUGUUGUGCCAGGACGGGCUGGAGAAGGUUCAGGUGCCUGGGAAGUGUUGUGCUGAAUGCCAAGAUCCAGGGCACAGCUGCUCUUACCAGGGCCAGACCCUGCAAUCCAAUGACCAUUGGCAGGUGGACGAAUGCACCACCUGCACCUGCCUCUCCGGAGAGGUGCACUGCCGGACUGAACGCUGCCCGCCAACCGCCUGUGCUGCUGACGAGACGCCCACCAUGAUCCCUGGCAUAUGCUGCCCACACUGCGUCCCCCGACCCGCUACUUGUGUGGCCUUUGGCGACCCGCAUUACCGCACUUUCGAUGGCCGGAUGGUCCACUUCCAGGGCAGCUGCACCUACAUCAUGGCCCAGGACUGCGAAGGGGGAGACUUCAGCAUUCAUGUGACCAAUGAUGACCGUGGACGACAAGGAGUGUCCUGGACCAAGGAGGUGACGGUGAUGGUUGGUGAUACCAUCAUGCGCCUGCUCCAGGAUCGUGUCGUCAUGGUGGACUCUCUGACCGUGACCCUCCCCUUCCUGAAGGAGCCUCACCUGUACAUUGAGCUCAAGACCAGCACCCUCCUCCUGAACACCAACCUUGGACUGAAGGUUCUCUGGAAUGGCCGCUCCCACCUGGAGGUCAGCGUACCUGGGACAUACAAAGGCCGGACCUGUGGGCUCUGUGGAAACUUCAACAGCUACCCCCAGGAUGACCUGCGGCUCCGAUCCGGCCACCUAACCCUCUCGGAGGCAGCUUUUGGCAACAGCUGGAAGGUGACCGCCAACAAUGCUACAGACCCCAGCCGCAGUUGUGCUGACGGGACAGAUGUGGACCCCUGCAAGGAGUCUGGCUACCGUUCCCGCAAAGAGGCCAACACCCGGUGCAAAGUGCUCAAGGGGCCACCCUUUGAUCGCUGCCACGCGGCCGUUCCCCCGGAGCCCUUCUUUGCCUCCUGCGUCUAUGACCUUUGCGCCUGCGGAGCUGCCGGGAUCGAAGACUGCCUUUGCGAAGCCUUGGAGGCCUAUGCUGCCGAGUGCCGCCAUGCCGGGCUGGUGCUGCAGUGGCGUUCGUCCACACUUUGCGCGGUGGGCUGCCCCCAGGAGCGAGGCUACGUCUUUGACGAAUGUGGUCCCCGCUGCCCAAAGACCUGCUUCAACUGCGCUUUGCCGCUGGGAGUCAUGGAGUCGCACUGCUUCAAGCCCUGCGUGCCAGGGUGCCAGUGCCCGGCCGGAUUGGUGGAGCACGAGGCGCACUGCAUCCCGCCCGAGGCCUGUCCCCGUGUCAUUCACGGCGCGCUGUGACCGCAGGAUGCAUCUGCACUGUGGAACGAACGCAGUUUCGCACCUCUUUUACCUGUCAUGGCUCAAUGGAACCCUGGGAGCUGUAGUUCAAUGAGGCUCCAUCACUAUUUGGCGGAGAAGGCAAAAGACAUGGUAAAGCUCAAUGCUAUGAAAUCCUGCAGUUUGACACCAGUUGGAAAUGUUAUGGCUCAAUGCUAUGGUAUCUUGGGAGUUAUAGUUUGACAAGGUCUUUAGCCUUCUGUACCAAAAGCAUAAAGGCCUCGCCAUCCUCAUCCUGGGAGAUGUAGUUUUACAAAAGUUUUAGCUUGCCAAAAAGCAGGCUAGGACCUCACCAUCAUCAUCCUGGGAAUUGUAGUUUUACAAAGCUUUUAGACACCCAAAAGUAUGCUAGGGCCUCACCACCCUCAUCCUGGGAGUUGUAGUUUUAUAAAGGUUUUAGACACCCAAAAGUAUGCUAGGGCCUCACCAUCCUCAUCCUGGGAGUUGUAGUUUUACAAA